AUGGGCCGGCUUCGACACAGCUUAUCCCACCCAUUUCGCAGAUUUAAGGGGGCUGUUAAUGUGCAAAGCGAGGAAGACCAGGUGAAGAACCAAGACAACACGGUCGGAACUCUACUACCAACCUCUCCCAGCCAGUCUAUUAUCCGGUCAAUCCAGUCAGCAGAACCCUCCAGGCCACUGGACUUAUGGAAGACCGCCUAUGGCCAGCUAGAUGAGGAGGAUCGAAGGAUUUUAUCAGAAGUCCAAGUUACUGCAAGCUCCAUUCGUCAGGAAGAUCAACCGAGGGAUUUGAUUGAGGAGGUAAUUCACCUAACGACAGAGCAAUACGAGCAAUACCAGCAGGAGGCAACGGGAAAACUUCGAACAUCCUCUAGAAAAAUCAUCAAUGCGGCACUCUCAUUUAAAGAUAUCAUUGGCGCUGUUGCGACUUUUGACCCUACCCAGCAUGCAGCUAGUGCUUGGGCAAUCGUAUCAUUGGGGUUAACAAUGACUAAAAAUCAUCAUGACCUACGAGAUGCCUUGUUUGACUCUUCGGAAUACCUGGCGGAUGUUCUCGCGCAGUGUGCCUUUAUUGAGAAGAAGUUUUACCUUGACGGCAGCUCAAAGACCAAAGAGGACCUAGGAAACGCAUUAAUCAAACUCUACAAAGCCAUACUGCACUAUACAGCACAGGUACAAAUGACCCAGAAUGCUAGCAGGGGAAGGAAGAUGCUGAACAAUGUUACCGCCAUUACUGAGCAUCCGCUCACAGAGCUCAAGAAUUCGGUGGAAAAGGAAAGGGGCAAUUUACACAAGUUGGCUGGAUUAGUCAGCCACCUGCACCAUGAAGAGAAAGCAGAGAGUAUCCUACACAAGAUCGACAAGCUAGCUGACUCCAUGAAGCUGCUUAUUGAACAGUUUAGCCUUGUGAACCUACAUGUCUCGGAAGGAGCAUUCUAUGAUUCUUACGUCAAUGAACAUGAGGAUUUCUGUCUUCCAGGAACCAGGACCGAACUUCGUUCCCAGAUUUCAGAGUGGGCCAAGUCGUCAGACGGUAAAUGUAUAUUUUGGUUGAAUGGAAUGGCGGGGACAGGGAAGUCUACCAUUGCCCGGACGGUGGCACAAUCUUUCAAAAACCAAGGACUGCUUGGUGCCACAUUUUUCUUCAAGCGAGGCGAAGCUGACCGCGGUAACGCGAAAUACCUAAUAUCAACAAUCACAAGGCAGCUGGUAACCAGGCACCGACAAUUGGUGCCUGACGUAUUGAAGGCCAUCAAGAAUGAACCAAGUAUCUCGUCUAAAUUUCUCCGUGAACAGUUUGAUAAGCUUCUUUACCAGCCCCUGCUGAAUCUGUGUCCAGACCAAUCUAUAACAAUUGUGAUUGUUAUUGAUGCAUUGGACGAAUGUGAAGGGGAGGAUAAUAUGCGGCUUAUACUUCAACUCUUGUUCAAAUUACAGGAUAUUCAAUCUGUACAUCUGCGAGUGUUCCUCACUAGCAGACCAGAACUGCCGAUUCGCCUGGGUUUCAAGCAAGAAGAAAACCAUCAGGACGUAGUUCUUCAUGACCUUCCUGCCCCGGUCAUUGAACAUGAUAUUCGCCUGUUCCUAACAAAGAAGCUUUCACAAAUACGGGAUGAACGCGAGCUCGUCUCAGACUGGCCGGAGCAAGAAAAUAUAGAAAGGCUGGUAAAGAUGGCGGUUCCUUUGUUCAUCUUUGCGGCCACGCUUUGCCGCUUUGUUGGGGAUGCAGACUGGCUUCCACACGAACGUCUUCUCGCUGUUCUCCAGGAUAAAGCAGCAACAUCAACAUCAGAUAUGGAAAGAACAUAUCUACCAGUAUUAAAUCAACUCGUUGCUGCCAAGAACAAAAAGGAUUAUACGGCACUCUUGCAGGAAUUUCAAGAUAUUAUCGGAGUGAUUAUUCUUCUCGCUACUCCUCUCUCUGUUAUUGCUCUGGCCCAACUGACUGGGAAAUCAAAGGAUGCUAUCAGUAAUCGGCUGAAUAGGUUUCACGCAGUUUUAAAUGUACCAAAUUAUCCUGAGGGGCCGGUUCGCAUUUUACAUUUAUCAUUUCGAGAUUUUUUGGUUAGCACAGAGGGUGAUUUUCGCGUUGACGAGAAGGAUACGCAUGGAAAAAUAGCAUCACAUUGUCUCCGUGUUAUGAAUACCCGACUCAAGCGCAAUAUCUGCAAUUUGCCAAGUUACGGAACGCAGCGUGAGAAUAUUGAUCCUCAGAUCAUUAGUCAACACCUCACAGCUGAUCUACAAUACUCCUGCCGCUACUGGGUACACCACCUUAAAAAGGGCAACGGUCAUAUCUCUGUGUCUCAGAUUCUUAGUUUUGUCAAAAAGCAGUUCCUUCACUGGUUAGAGGUACUGGCUUUAAUUGGAAGUAUAUCUGAUGCGGUGGAGAUGAUAGAUAUACUGAGGUCAGGUGCAGCAUGGGUAAGUGUCUAUAAGCUCCACAACUAUAUAGUCUAA